AUGAACUACAUACGGUCGACCGUCAAUACUCUCCGGGACCGGUACACCCCUGUAUCACACAACUCGACAUUCCGCCAGACCGGUCAAGUCACCCCGGAGGAAUUCAUCGCCGCGGGUGACUACCUGGUGUACAAGUUCCCUACGUGGUCCUGGGGCGACGCUGACGCCGAGGAUCGCCGGGUGAGCUACCUCCCUGCAGGGAAGCAAUACCUCGUCACCAGGAAUGUGCCCUGCCACCGAAGGCUGAAUGACGACUUCGCCGGAGACGCGGGCCACGAGGAGGCCAUCGUCAACGACGGCGAGGACUUCAAGCGCGCGGGAGGCGCGGCGGACGACGACGGCUGGCUACGAACCGGCGGGCUGGCGAGCUCGCAGCCCCUGAAGGCGAGGGACGUCAGGGCGGUCGAUGAUGCGGGCAACCUGGCCGACACAACAGACCUAUCUGAUGACAUUCCCGACAUGGAGGAUGAGGACGACGACGACGCCAUUAUCCGUGACGCCUUCCUCCCGGUCCCCUGA